GAGCAAAAGUGAGGAUAUCCACUAGGAUUGGUCAGGGGUGGGGCAUGCAUGUUGAAUAUAGUUGAGGCAGAGAGCUUCUUUUUUCAAAGGCAGUUGCUGUUCGCAUUAACUCUCCCAACACGGUUUUGCAGAUGAGAAGAUGAGCAAAAUUUAAGGCCAAUUCUACCAUCUCCCCAUCUUAGCCCUUCACGUCCAUGUCUAUAUAUACUCCCCUCUCUCUAUCCCCCGCUUCACAAACCGAGCUUUCAUCUAUAAUUAACUACUUCCAUCUCUAUCCAACCAUAAGAGAUGACUUCUUCUUCUAGGCUUCUUCUUCUUGUGCUCUUUGGUGCUUUCGUUUUCACCACUGGUGCAAGGAAGCUUGGCAGUGAGAAGGUUUCCUUUGAGGAUCAGAAAAACUUUUUUCACCGCGGCGGUGGUGGGCUAGGGGGUGGAGGUGGUGGUGGUCUUGGAGGAGGAGGAGGGUUAGGCGGUGGUGCUGGUGCUGGAGGAGGGGCUGGUUUUGGUGGUGGUGCUGGAGCUGGAGCUGGUGGCGGACUUGGAGGAGGCGGCGGUGGAGGCUUUGGUGGUGGUGGCGGUGGAGGAGUAGGUGGCGGAGCAGGUUUUGGCGGGGGAGCUGGUGGAGGGUGUGGGGCUGGCGGUGGUGCUGGUGGUGGAGUUGGAGGCGGUGGUGGAGGAGGGUUUGGAGGUGGUGGUGGCGGAGGACUUGGGGGUGGAGCAGGGGGAGGUUUCGGUGGCGGAGCAGGUGCUGGUGGCGGGCUUGGAGGUGGAUUUCCUUGAAGACGUGCAUGCAUGAAGAAGCUACAUGCACUUCCAAAACAACCAUUCAUCUUAAGUAAUUAAUUAAGUAGUAUUGUCUCUCUCUGUAAGCUUAAGCUCUUGAUGAGUUUAUGUCAGGGAGUGUUUGUUGUCGUUUGAUUUCAUCCUGAAUUAAUUUGUUUAAUUCUUGCGUCGAACAGUGAUUGAAGAAGACACAAA